AUGGUCAAGAACACGGAGCUUCUCUCCCUGCUCGCCCUCAGCGGCGCUGCCAACGCCUUCUGGCGUAUGCCUUGCCGUGGCCGCACCGGUCUUGCACGUAUCGACCCCAUCGUCGACACCGGCGUCGUGUCCACCCAUGCCCACGCCAUCCAUGGCGGCAGCAGCUUCGGCAUGAGCGCCGACUAUGCUAAGCUGCUCGAUUCGUCCUGCACCUCUUGCCAGGCCACCGAGGACAAGUCUGCCUACUGGACCCCGUCGCUGCACUUCCUCUACCCCAAUGGCACCACUGUCGUCGUCCCCCAGGUUGGCGGCAUGCUUGCCUACUACCUUCUCUACGGAGACAACAUCCAGCCCUUCCCCAAGGGCUUCCGUAUGUUGGCUGGUGACAUGCGCCAGCGCAACUUCACUCUCCCCGUCCCCGACCCGGAGAAGCCCUGGUCUGGUGAGGAUGCCACCCAGAAGGCUCUUGCCCAGAAGGCCCUUGGCUUCAACUGUCUUCACUACGACGUCAACCCGCCGGAGGCUACCCUGUACCGCCACUUCCUUCCCGACAAGACUUUCCUCGAUGAGAACUGCUCGGACGGUCUUCGUCUCGAGGUCAUGUUCCCUUCGUGCUGGAACGGCGUGGACAUCGACUCGGACAACCACAGGGACCACAUGGCCUACCCCGACCAGACCAUCACCGGCACCUGCCCCGAGGGCUUCGACACCCGUCUGCCCUCCCUGAUGUACGAGACCAUCUGGGCAACCAACAGCUUCAAGGGCGUCGACGGAGAGUUCGUCCUGUCGUACGGUGACCCCACCGGCUACGGGUACCACGGUGAUUUCAUGUCCGGUUGGGACAUUACUGUCCUCACGAACGCCAUCCGCGACUGCACUUCGGAUACGGGUAAGGUCGAGGACUGCCAGCACUUCACUCUGCAAGAGGAGAGCGACAUGCUGCAGUGCAAGUUCGACGUCCCUGAGGUUCUCGCCGACGAGAACUGCGCGGGUCCGACCGACGGUCUCUGCGGCAACGUCCCUAUCCAGUACGGCCCCGAAUACGCCAGCGCCCAGUCGGCCCAAACUUCCCCGCCCGCCAUCUCCACCACUACCCACGCCAGCACCCCGCUUGUGCCCACCCUCUCGUACUCGACUGGCCGCGAGUCGUUCGCCUCGGACGCGUACGGCGGCGGUGUCACCGUUGCCAAGAUUGCCAGCGUCACGCCUGCGCCGGUUGCCAACGACGACGAGGACGGCGAGAUCAUCGGCACGACGACCUUCACCAGCGCCGGCGCCGUGUACGAGGUUGCGAUCGAGGAGGAGAUCGUCUACGUUACGGCGACGGGCGGCAGCUACGCGACGCCGGCGGCCAAGCUCAAGCGCCACAUGCACCACGGCCACCACGCCAACCGCCGCGAGCACGGCCUUCUUGCCUAG